AUGUCUUACGAUAAUAUUUUGACUUUAUCACUGUAGGAUCACAUUGAAGGUGUAGCAGGAAUUUUUCCAAUUCAUGGAGGCAUACUAGAUCUGUGCGGAGACCCUAAAGAAGAGGAGCUGCUUAUUGGAAUCGAUAAUGAAACUGGCUAUGCUAGGCUUUUGAAAGUUUUUCUCUAAUUGAAUAAACCAUUUAAGUACAAAUCUCUUAAGUGGGUUCAUGCAGGAGCUACAAACCUUCGCUAUCAAAAAUUAAAAUAGGAGGAUUUCCACUUAACUUUUUUGAACCCUCCUUUCUCUUCAUAGAUUUCGAAAUCAAAGAUGCCUAAAAUUCAUGAACUGAUGAGUUUUGGGUAUCAAGGUGUGAUCGCAAAUGCCAGAAAGUCUUGGAUGGAGGAUGAGUAAAACUAACAGAUAAUACAAUACUUCAAGCAAAUAUAUUUUUUGACAGUCAAUAAAAUGAAAUCGGAUGCCGCCAGGACCAAGUAAGAAUUAAUGGAUUUCUAUCAGGUAACUGACAAGCAAGCAUAUGAAAUAUUUUAAAGAUUGUGGGAAUCAGAUGGGCUUAGUCUUAGUGAGAAAUUUGAUGAGAAGGCAUUGAAAGAUACAGAAGCAAUAUUUAGUCUAGACACUAAAAUUGAAGUGCCUUAGGAAAGAAAUUGGAUAUAAAAUCUCUGA